GAGCGCCACAUGUGGGCUAGACUGAGCUGUCUGCAGAGGGGGCAAAAGGGGCAGAAUCCACGCAAUGGAGGCAAGUGGAGGAACUGCUUAUUUGUGUUGAUUCACGGAAAUUAACAGAAGCUGCUGUUAUGAUGGAUUUUUUCCUCAAAUAAAUAAUAAAAAAGAGGAAAGUCAGGAAGAGCAGGAGUGCCAGGGGGCACCAUUCACUUUUUCUUGUUUUUUGGUUUUAAGGAUUACAAUAUGGCAACUUUUUCUAUUAUUUUUAUGCUAUCUGUUAUUAAUUUGCUUUGUACUGGGAUUGUAUCUGAAAUAUGUCGUGGACCGCGCUGCUUUAAUGGUCAGGAUUGGAGUAGGUCGUGCGUCGGAGCGCAGUGCCGGGAGCGCACGGAGCCAUCCUCAUCUCAGCGGCAGCCGCACCUCUCUCCUCAGUUCAAAACAGGCCAGGUUUACCCGAGUUAUCAACAGGACCCUCAUUCGAGCCAGCAUCAGAGCCAGAGUGCACCGCUGGCGCCUUACACCAUCAUCCAGCCUCAGCCUCAGUCUCAGCGCGCGGGCUUUACGCAGCCCAGGAGAACGAACCCGCGGACCAUCACGGCGGAGGUGUUCCAUCCUGGCUGUUCCGGCGGGACGUGUCCAACCACAGUUGUCCAUCGUCCCGUCAACAAUGACCACACGGCCGCGCGGGAGUGUAAGGGGAUUGGAUGCAAACUGCCCUCAAGGAUGCGCCAGAAGCAGAAGCCGUGUGUCGGAGAGGAAUGCGGCACCCAGGUGGGGGGAGAAGGGAGGGGGAGCUCCUCACCUGUUCACGUGACGGACAGAGCGGCACAGUUUCUGGAUGAACUCCAAGAUUUUGGAUCUGACAAUGGGGCGUUCAUACAGCUGACUUGUGACAUGAAACCAGGAUCUAACGAGGUUCCCUCAGAAGAUGCUCUCGUCUUGCAGCUGCAACUCUCCAAAAGCCAGGAGAGGCUUGUUGAUGCUCUGAAGGGUCAGCAGAACGAGGUCAAAGAGCUGCAGAGGCUGCUAAGCGAACAACAGGGGGCGCUAGUGAGCCAACAGAGAGAGAUCCUUGAGCAGCAGAGGAGGAUGUUUGAGCAGAUGGAGCAAGUUAAAGCCCAGUACAACAUUCUGAUGGACAGCAUGAAGCACACUUCUGUCCAGCAACUCCUGGACAGUCACGUGGAAACUUUAAGUGGGCAAAUGAGGAGACAUCAAACGCAGGAAGCUCUGUCUUUUCACAAGGUGGACAUGGAGGCCAGUGUGGUGGAGGUGGGUCACUCUCAGCUGGCCUGUGGCAGCUGUGGACCUGAGGAGUACUGCAGCUACAGCAACGGUCAUCCUCGCUGUGAAAAGUGCACCGUUUGUCCGCCUGGCUUUUUCUUGGUGGCUCAGUGUUCAGUCCAUGCAGACAGGAUAUGUCAGGACAGAGAUGAAUGUCUGGAAAUGUCUGGGUUAUGUGGCGACCAGCAGAAGUGUUCAAACACUCCAGGUGGGUUCAGAUGCCAGGGUAUGACCAUGAGAGAUGCUGCCUCCGGACUGUGUGGUCACGGCUACUUCUUUAACUCAGACAUGGAUGAGUGUCAGGCGUGCAGCGAGUGUGACGGAGAACCCGUAGCAGCUCCUUGUUCUGUCGUCACAGAUACGGUGUGCCUGGAUCCUGCUGCUGCCCCCAGCGAGGCGCUGUCUCUCUCUUGGGCUGGAGACUUGAGUCUGCAGGGAGCAAAAGACCGCUUCCUGGCUCUGGCCUUCCCUAGCAUGCAGCUUCACGUCCAAGGAAGAGGCGAUGUGGGUCUGGUUAUCGUGGAGAAUGGGUAUCUGGUUCUGAGGGAGCACGGGCUGGUCUGGCUGGAUGGUAAUCUGGGAUUGAGUCACGGCUGUCGCAGCUUCAUCCAAGUGUGUGUCCGCUUGAACGACACAGACGGCUCAAACGGCCAUGACCUGAGCGGCGUGCGAGUGGAGCAGAGGGAGCAGAGGUCCAUCCAGAGCGUCAGCAUCAGUGUGGUAGCUGAGGUCGCUCCAGGUCAGAAGUUGUCCAUUUUCCUCCGCAGUGCCAGCCAUCACUGUAAUCAAAGCAGUGAAGGCUUGCAGCUGUAUGACUCCUCAGCUGCUCCACUCAACCUCCUCUGGCUGUCCCAUGACACUGGUGCUGUUGCCAUGACAGCACAGGCGAUGGUUUCUGCUCAUUACCACACAAACUACCGUCCAGUCUUCCGCACUACCUCCACCUCUGAUCCUUACGUCAUGGGGCUGACUCACGACGGACGUGGGAUCCGUUUCGCGGAAAGCGGUGCUGUGCGCUUUGUGUUCCAGCAAGCCUUGUACUCGAUGGGACAAGCAUGCAUUAGUGAGGGCUUCCAGCUUGUGGCAUAUCUCAACCACAACGCAACAGGGACGGAGUUAUUCCGAGUCUUCAAGCCAGGUGUUCAUUACCGGGACACAUCGAUUUCUCUGUCCGGAACGGCCAAAGUGAGUCCCGGGGAUGCCAUCAGCUUCGAGAUCCUGUCUCCUGCUCAGUGCAACGUGCGCUUCUUUGGGGAUGAGACGGGCAUCAGUCUCCUCAGUUUGUUUUGGGUCCCUGCUGCCAUUUCUUCCUCCAUGUCUGCCUCCGUGGCCAACACCGGCCUUCCCUCAGGAGCAGUUCGAAACAAGCCUCUGUUCUUUCACCAGACAACCCCUCAGGUGUCCCAGAUCGGGCUGCUUGGAAAAGGAUCACCAGAUCAGAGACGGGAUUUUGUCUUCAAGGAGAGUGGAACCGUUAGUCUGGCUCUGGACCUAAAACUCAUCCACUCCUGCAACCUGGUCAAGGUGACUCUUCUCAAACGAAGUGAUGCUGAUGGGCCGGGACAGCGCCAUGACACAGAUGGGACCCGCCCUGUAGCAUUGGCUCAGCAGGUGGCCGGCCAGAUGCCUGAAGGCAGCGAGUGGGCCAGUGUGAGUCUCAGGGCCUCUUUCAGAGUUCACAAUGGCACAGCUGUCUUUUUCAUACUGGACUGCGUUCGUGGACGAGUCAACCAGAUUAGCCACCAAACAGGAAGUGGGGUGUCAGUCCUCUGGGUGGCAGCGUGAGAAACAGACAUUUCCAAAAAGAAAAUAUUUACCUAAUAACCUUAUUUUGUUAGAUUUAAAUAGGAAAUCUAACCAGCUUUUCCAUCAUUUUUGGCUGGAAAAGAUCAAAUUUAGAGGAAACAGCUAACCAGACUAGAAAGAAGUGAUGUGCAAAUGCUUAAUUAUAUUGUUUGAUAACUUUGUAUAAAGCAAAGUGUAAACGCAGAACAAGGUUUAGCGACUUUAGGCAGUUAAUUGAAGUGUUCAGCUCCACUUUUACACCCCAAGUAGGAGAUAGAAAGUAAAAUGUAUUUUCCAAUAAACAAAAAAGGAACAAGAACAACAACAAAAAAAACUUCAGGCAGAUGUGAACCCUGAAAAUUACUCUCAGUUCCGAUAAGUCAGCCUGCCGUAUACACCCAACCUCUGCAUGUAGUUCAGCACAAAACAUCAGAAAAGCUGGCGUCUCUGGUAAUGUUUAGAAGCCCAAACAGGAGCCGAGUGUUUCUUUUUUUUUUCCUUAAAAGGCUGCAACUUUCCCAUUUCCUCAUAAAAGUUCAACAGUU